UUUCUAUUACAUAUAUAUAAAUAUAAAUAUGUAUAUGUAGAUUGUUUUUGUUGUUUUUGUUGUUGUUAUUAUUUUUUUAUUGAUAUUUUUGCUUUUGCUUUUAUGAGCCUGGCUAUGGAGUUGUUCCUUGUCUGUAGCUUGUAGAUGCUGUUUAGCGGCGUGAGCGGCUGGCUGCUGGAAGUAGGGGGGGGGGGGCUUGUGUGUGAGAAGUGGAUCAGCAACAGCUGAGGAGCAGGAGAAGGAGGUGGAGGAGGAGGAAGAGCCGUGGAGGUAGCAGGGAGGUGAUGACCACUGAUGUGGUGAAGAAGAAGAAGAAGAAGACCAGAGGGAGGAAGGGAGGGAGGGAGAGGAGAGAAAGAGAGGAGAGGAGAGGAGAGUGAGAGAAGAAGAUAGGUGGAGGAAUCAUGGCGUCGUAAAUUAGUUUUCCAGACAGACAUUUAACAGUAACGGAAUUCUCGAAUAGGCGCAGGGGAGCAGUCUCCUGGUCCUUGUCUUGAUUGCGCCUCGUCUGAUCGGUGGUGAAUCAUUCGUAGAAUUGUUUAGGCUUUGGAGGCUUGCAACAAGGGAGAUAAUGGCGCAAGUGCUGACUGGUUGUAAGUAAGGGCGGGGACUGUGGGAGACUGGUGUGAAGACGAUGAGCUGAUAAGUGAGGAAGUGAUAGAGUAAUGGAGUGAGGGAGAGUGAGAGGAAAAAGGAGAGCUCAGGUUUGCAGAGUUUUAAGGGGGCGAGGAGGCUUUUCCGGUGUGUGUGUGUGUGUGUGUGCGUGUGUGCGUGUGUUUUUUUUUUUUUUUUUUUUUUUUUUUUUCUGAAAGAGUGCCGAAAAUGGCGCAGUUCGCGCUCAAAUUUUCGUCUGCCAAGGGGUGCUGCGUGGUGUUUUGGAGUUCAGGAUUUUGUUGUAGAUCGUAAUAUCUACUGUGGAUCUUUGACCAGGAGGUGGAUUUUGGAACUCCAUGUGCGUGUGUCCAAGGGCUUCGACAUUAGUGUUGCGAGUGCUUCUUACAGUGGACGCUUUGACUUAAGGGAUCUAUGGUUAGGUCGAGUUCGAGUCUACGAAGGAGCAGAUUUGGAAGAGAGCGAUAGAAUUGUCGCGACGAAGUUACAGCUCCUUCCUGCAGUUUCGAUCGGUAGGCUGUAGGAGUCUAACUUUAUUUCUGUCAAAUUUUGUCACAGCCUGGCCUGUGACCUUAGGGAGGUAAGAAGCUUUGAAACGGAGGGACGAAAGAAUCACAGGUCGAGUGUUUUUCUUUUCACAUACCGUAGGGGAACAGAAGUGGGGGUAUGCCUGGUCAUACGUUAAGUUUGCUACAAGCUGAACCAGAGUGGAAUGCGUAUACCUUAGUCUUUAAGCGACGACAGAACGAAAGUUCUUUAUCAUUCCUACUGGACUCAGUGACUGCGAUGCGAUGCUAACCUCCAGGAGUGCGUGCAUCCUGUAAGUACUACGGCCAGCUUGAAGACAUUGUUGUUCAGGAAAAGGGAUGGAGCACUGAAUGAGGCACUGGUAGACAUGCUCGUUUUGUCCAAGAGAAGACGUCAAAAUCCUGCGACUCGGAUCUUUAGUUACGCAUGCGUUCCAGGUUCCUCUCUCAAUAUAGUGCCGACCCUACAAAAGAAUUUUUCGGCAUCUCGCGAUGUACUCCAGUUCCCCAGCCAGGCUCUCCGCCUCGGGCUACGGUCCGGCUACCAUGGACCCUGGAGAGAGACGAAGUCUCAAUUCUGAGCUGUGGCACGCAUGUGCUGGGCCAUUAGUGUCUUUACCCCCCGUUGGCAGCCGUGUGGUGUAUUUUCCGCAAGGCCAUAUUGAGCAGGUUGCUGCAUCAACACAGAAGGAUGCUGACGCGCACAUUCCCAAUUACCCGAGUCUCCCCUCGAAAAUUAUUUGCUUACUUGACAAUGUCACACUUCAUGCUGACCCUGAAACUGAUGAAGUCUAUGCUCAAAUGAUUCUGCUUCCUAUUCAGAUAUCUGAGAAAGAAGCUUUGUUGUCUCCAGAUUUGGAAGUAGUCAACAAGCAGCCGACAGAAUAUUUUUGCAAGACCUUAACUGCCAGUGACACUAGUACUCAUGGCGGCUUCUCCAUUCCACGGCGUGCUGCUGAGAAAGUUUUCCCACCCUUGGAUUUUACACGGGUUCCUCCAGCCCAAGAACUUGUUGCACGGGAUCUUCACGAUCAGGAAUGGCAUUUUCGUCAUAUUUACAGAGGUCAACCUCGUAGGCAUCUUCUCACUACUGGGUGGAGUGUAUUUGUCAGUGCUAAGAGAUUGCAAGCAGGUGACUCGGUAUUGUUUAUAAGAGAUGAUAAAGGCAAUCUCUUGUUGGGCAUAAGGCGGGCGAACAGGCAACAAACGGUCAUGCCGUCUUCAGUACUAUCAAGUGAUAGCAUGCACUUCGGGGUCCUUGCAGCUGCCAGUCAUGCUGCAGCUACGAGCAGUCGCUUUAAAAUUUUCUACAACCCAAGGCAAAGUCCAUCUGAGUUUGUCAUUCCUCUAACAAAAUACCACAAGGCUUUAUAUAACACUCAAUUCACAGUGGGCAUGCGCUUCCGAAUGGUGUUUGAAACCGAGGAAUCGAGUGUAAGAAGGUAUGUGGGCACGAUUACUGGUUUAGGGGAUCUCGAUCCUAUUAGAUGGCCCAAAUCACAUUGGCGUUCACUCAAGGUUGGAUGGGAUGAAUCUACGGCUGGUGAAAGGCAGCACAGAGUGUCUCUUUGGGAGAUUGAACCCUUGACUACGCCGUUUCUGCUCUGCCCUCCUCCCCUUGCUUUGAGAUCGAAGCGUCCUCGGGGCAUGCCUGGAGAAGAUGAUUUGGAGAUGUUGAUGAAAAAGUCACACAUGUGGCCCAACGACAGUGACCCAUUGGGAUUGCAAAAAUUUGGUGGCUUGGCGAUGAACACCUCUUGGAUGCGACUACCCCAACAGAAUGUCGGAUCCAUGGUACCUUCAUCUCAGAAUGAGCAGUACCGUGCUCUUGCUGCAGCGGCCUUGCAAGAAAUUCGGACUGCAGAUUCCUCGAAACAGUUGCUGGCUCAAUCACCGCUGUUGUCACAGCUGCAUUUUCGUCAGCACCAGUCUCAUCCUCAACCUCAGCAACUCAUGCAACACAUCAAUGACGUUCCAGGCCCUCAAUUGCAGAUGUCCACAUGCCAAACACAAACCACAGAUUUGGGAAACCCCGCUAGGUCAUCAAGUUACAGAGAAUCCGACGUGCAGCUGGGUCCUCCCGCUACGACGUCUAAUUCCUUCUCCUAUCAGGAGAUGAUGGGAAGGGCUCCAAGUAGUAACCCAUUAACCUCUAAUGGGGGGCAUCAACUCACGAGUAUGAUGCGAACAAGUCAAAAUGGAUUGCAGCCCUGCGGGACAAUGCAAGAGUUUAUUCAGGGUUCCACGCCCUGGUUUCCAAAUCAACCUGAUUCUCAAUCACUCAUCCUAUCCCAACACACUCGUGUUGAGGCGCCCAGCGGUGGAGUGCCCGGAUCUUUCGCGCUGCCCCAAAACAACGAAUCAGCAUUGCAAGAUGUUACAGGCAAGAACGUGCUUCUAUCUGCAUACGGCCCGCCGGCUACUCCAGAUUCCAUGGGCAAUGGUAUGAUGUCUGGUGAGGUGUUGGAUGAAAAUGGAUUAUUUCAGCGUAAUACAGGAUGGCCACCUGCAUCGUCUCAGCGCACCUUCACCAAGGUGCACAAGCUUGGAUCAGUUGGGAGAUCUUUGGAUGUUAGGAUCUUCAAUACUUACGCAGAACUUAGGAAGGAACUGGCUAAGAUGUUUCAUUUGGAUUGCUUGAUGGAAGAUCCUCCCACAUCAGGAUGGCAAAUCGUGUUUGUCGACAAUGAAAAUGACACACUUCUUUUAGGCGAUGAUCCAUGGGAAGAUUUCUUGAACUGCGUACGUUCGAUCAAAAUUCUCUCGCCGUCAGAAGUGACACAGAUUAGUCAGGAUCAGCUGAAGAUGCUGGAGACAGUCCCAGUGCAACACUUGCAGCCACAAAGAUUAAUCAGUAGCGACUCCGGCGAGGUGUACCCUCAAAGUUCCCUUCCUGAUCCUUCAAGUGGGCUUUAGACCACUGAGUCGCAGCCCAAGAGAAAAGAGAAGCAACUUCCUACGAUAUAUUUAGCUUGCAUAACUGGGAAGUUAGUUUGGUUCCUCAAUUCCAUGCACGAAGAUUCGCCAAUUUGGUCUCAAGAUUAUGCCAUGAUUUACAUUCUGGCACUGGACGUGCAGGAACAUGACGAUUUGUAACUACUGCUAAAGCCAAAUCUAAACAACCUCGAACAAUAUCACAACCUGUUCUAUGUAACCCUUAACAGUUGGUGCGAUUCCCAGUCAGAGAAGAUGAAACACAAGUUGUAGUAAUAUCACAAAUCCUCAUUUUUGUGCAAUCCUAUCAGCAACACAUUGUACUGUUCACAGUAAAAGACGAGGAAAGACUACCAUUCCUCGUAACGACGGUGCACGGGGAGCUCGUGUACUCAAACUUGCGCUAACAGUCUCCUAUAUUUGCUUGCCAAUGUGUUUUUCCAGAAUCCUCUACUAAUUGAAUGAAAUCGGGCGCUUGAGAAUAAUA